UCACUGGAGGCUAAAAUCAGUCGCUUCCACUUGACCAGGAGCCCCAGGUGCAGCUGCAUGGAUCCCGGGUUCCUUUCUGGGAUCACAACUCUCCGCGCUCCCUAUAUUUUACGCGCUUACGCAGCGACUGCCUCUUCGUUUAUCGUCUUUCCCUCUGCCUGUGCAUCGCGAUUCCUUUUGGGAUAGUAAGAGUUGCUUAAGCCAUACCGUUUUUUUCUUUUUUCAAUCUUUUUUUUCCCACACAGAACUGUCAAGCAAUGUUUCAACAGGCAGCAAAACGUUGUUUCACUAUUGACUCUCUGGUCGCCAAGGACACUCCAUUGCUUUCCGAGGAGCCCAUCAGACCCCGGGCUCUGAGCUACCAGAACCCCGCAGAAACCUUCGUGAACAGCUACCAGAGCUCAGGGGGUAUGUCCCUGUACACCAGUCCGGAGCUGGUGUUCCCUGAGGCGGUGAACCACCCAUCACUGGCUGUUCACCCCCAUCAACUCGGGGCCUCCCAUCUGCAACACCCGCACUCAUUCUUUGGAGCCCAGCAUCGGGAUCCUCUUAAUUUAUAUCCCUGGGUUUUAAGGAACAGAUUCUUUGGGCACAGAUUUCAAGGAAGCGAAGUUUCCCAGGAAAGUUUGUUAUUGCACGGCCCCUUUGCCAGGAAGCCCAAGCGGAUCCGCACUGCCUUCUCCCCGUCACAGCUCCUGCGGCUGGAAAGGGCCUUCGAGAAGAACCAUUAUGUGGUUGGGGCUGAGAGGAAGCAGCUAGCCAACACUCUCAGUCUAUCUGAAACACAGGUCAAGGUGUGGUUCCAGAACAGAAGGACAAAGUACAAGAGGCAGAAGCUGGAGGAGGAGGGUCCAGAGUCAGAGCAGAAGAAGAAAGGGUCUCACCACAUUAGCAGGUGGAGGCUAGCCACCAAGCAGUCCGGCUCUGAGGACAUUGACGUCACAUCUGAGGACUAAGUAGCCUCCUCAGAGGAGAUCCCCAGACACUGAGCCAGGGGCUCAGACUACUAAUGCACACUAAGACAUUUCCUAGUGCAAUGCACUAUUUGUAAUAGAAUAUUGUAAAAUAUAUAUAUAUAUAUAUAUAUAUAUAUAUAUAUAUAUAUAUAU